GUGUUGUUUUUGUCGAUGCUUUCACGCACAAAUCUCUUUUUUUCUUAUUUAUGAACCACAUUGAACGAAGAUUAAUUCACAGAUUUCAAAUGACUUUUUAACAUGAUGUCAAGAAAAAUACAUUUCAAAGUUUGUUUGCUUUUCAAAUGAAGUAACUUGUACAAAACUAUACGGUUCGAUUCUUUUAUACUGAUAGUUUGCAUAGAUCGUCUCUUGUGGAUACAAAUGUCAGGAAUGCAUUUACAUAAAAAAAUUAGCCUAUUCAAUAUUAUUAAUACUGUAACGAUUAUUUUAACUCAGUGCUGUGCUGAUACUGAUUAUGCGAACCAUAAAACACAAAACUAUUUUACUAAAAGCUCAAACUUACAAUUUUAUGACCGAAUUGAUGGAGAUAUUAAUUUCAUUGAUAAAUACUUACCUCGGCAAGUUAUCACAAGAAAGCUAAGGGAUGCUGUGCCGAUUAUGUUUCCGAUUGACUCAAAAGAAAUCGAAGCGUCCGAUCAUUUGAAAAGUAUAAUUGAAUCUAAUCAAAAUGGAAAUAUACCAAGUGAAGUUUAUUCAAACGAGAGGGUAGGUGAACAACAUAGGGAAGCUGAAGAAGGUGUAGAUGAUGUGAGUCACUGCAUUCCGAUUCACGAACCCGUUUGUCAUGGCCUUCAAUACACACAUACCUGGUUGCCUAAUUCAGUGGGUUUAACAACACAAGAAGAGGCCGCUAAACGCAUGAAUGAUUACCGUUCCUUGAUCAAUGUUGGAUGUUCACAGUAUUUGAAAUUUUUUCUAUGUACGAUUUAUUUCCCAAUGUGUACUCCAGCUCUGAAUCCACCAGCUGCUUUACAACCAUGUCAAAAUUUAUGUCGUUAUGUUCAGUCGAGAUGUGAACCGAUUAUGAAAAGUUUUAGCUUUCCUUGGCCGAUUGAACUGAAUUGUAAAUCAUUACCCUCGGAGUCCGGAAUGUGUAUACAACCACAAAAUUAUGAUUUAGAUAAACAAGGAGAAAUUAUAAGCCAAGGGAUUCCAUCUGAAGCUCACGGAGCCAUCGCCAACUUGCUACCAGAUUUUGGUGAAUUUCUAGCUCAUCAAAGUGCACAAAAUCAACAGUUGACUAACCAGACAGAUAACAGUCAUGGGAAGAUAUCAUUAAUUGAUAAUAAUCAGUCUGGAUUGAUGAAGUAUCAUAUACUUCAUAGAAGUAAACUGCAAGCCUCAAAGUGUUAUGUUGUUGAAAUUCUUUUAUAUUCCGAACAGGCUCAUGACAAUAUUACAUGUGCUCGUCGGUGCAACGCUCAUUUGUUUUACAAACCAAUCGAAAAACGUUUUGCCAAUAUUUGGAUGUUAGUUUGGGCCAUACUUUGUCUGGCAUCAUGCGCAAUGACAAUGAUUACAUUUAUAUUAAGCCGUUCACGUUUCGCCUAUCCAGAGAGACCGAUUAUUUAUAUAUCAGUUUGUUACUUUUUUUACUCUACUGGGUUCAUUUUACACGCUCUAAUUGGACGUGAUUCGGUGGCUUGUAGAAACAAAGUUGAAACUAUUUCAUCAUCAUUAUUGCCUAGCGGAGUAUCACAAGAGGGAGCGAAGAAACUUCUUACGAGUGUGGCCCAGUCGAAAGUUAAUGUUACUUUCUUGAUAACUUCUGGGCAUGAAGGUACAUGGUGUACUAUCGUAUUUCUUAUCCUGUUUUAUUUUAGUCAAGCUAGUUAUUUAUGGUGGGUUAUGCUAGCUAUCUCAUGGUUCUUAUCAGCUUCAUGUAAGUGGGGAUGUGAAGGCAUAGAAGCUAUCAGUAGUAUCUUACAUAUGCUCGCUUGGGCAGUUCCCGCGUUAAAGACUAUUAUCAUACUGAUCAUGCACCGCAUUGAUGCAGAUGAGUUAACUGGAUUGUGCAAUGUUGGUUAUCAAAAUUCAACAAGUUUACUUGCAUUUAUAUUAUUGCCACAAGUUAUCUACCUGUUGUUGGGUAUUUUAUUUUUAUUGGUAGGUUUCCAUUCUUUGAUUUCUCUUCGAUCAAACUUGAAACAACACGUUAAAAGUCUCCUGCCUGUUGGCAACACGACGACAGGACUAGCAAACUGUUAUAACUCACAGUUUAAAAGAAAUGUUUCAGCAACAUUAGCUACAUCAACAACACCACUACAACCAACAACGCUCACUAGUCCAGCCAUUCCUCUCAAUAAUGGAAAUAUACGACGUUUAGAUAAAUUGAUGAUAAAAAUAGCCGUAUUUUCUAUGUUAUAUGUUGUACCGAAGGCCUGUGUUAUUAGUGUGAAUAUUUACAAUUAUAUUAAUUACCCAAAAUGGAUGAAAACACUGGAUAAACUGGCGAAACAAACAAAUUGUUUGACAGAAUAUGGUACAAAUUGGUCAUUGGUGACCCAAUGCCUUAGUGAUAAUCACUUCCCAUCAGUUGAAGCUAAUAUGCUACAAAUUUUCAUGUCAUUAGUUGUCGGUAUCACUUCAGGUAUGUGGGUAUGGUGUAACCGGAAAUCCUCAGAAACAUGGAUAAAAUGUAUGACUGGCAAAAGGAAAGACUUAUCUAAAAAUGGUUUGAAUUACCGUCAUCAUAAUUGUGAGGAUGCUGUUGCCGGUGUUGCUGCUGGGAAUAAUAAUAAUUUGUCACAAGUUGACCAAAAAGCACAAUCUAUGAAUUCAACCUGUUGCAAUUCAAGAGGAGGAUGUGGAGUAAACAGUCAGCAUCCAGGAAAUUUGUGGCAAUCUUAGAAGAAAUGUUUCUAUAAUUGGAAUUCACUAAUGUUUCGAAUGAGAUGGUAUCAAUUUUAAUUCUUUGAAAAAAAUUAUCCAUGAUGGAAGUAACAAAGGAAAUUUUACUACAUUCACCGCCGAAAUAUCUACUUUUGAUUAGUCGAAGAUUUUGAACUAUCAAUCUUCCGAGAAAAUGAAAUUCUCAUUUCGGUCAUUCGAAAUUUCCCAAGAUAAUCAAAAUUUUGAGUUCAUCACCAUACAAGUAACUCGACUUGACCAUAUUUACAUUCCGAUAAUAAAUCUACUGAGUAAACACAAAACUUUAAACAAAUAUAACUUAUGACCCCCUUAUUACUGAGUUAUUGAUAGACUAACACUCAAACUGCACGUCGAUUUACAAUUAGUCUAGUUGAUCGAGCGUUUACAGCUUCUUUUGAAGAGAGAUUUUUUUCACACGUCUGGUAAGUCAAUUUCUCCUAUUUACUAUAAUAGCUAUUGAUGAAAAUGCAUUUGAAAUAUUGGGAUUCAAAUGAUUUCGAAUCUUAAGGAAUAAAAGAUGCUAACCCGGGUCUUCACUCCAUACAAGUGAUUUCAACUACAGAAACUCCAUCAAUUUCGAUAAUUCAAUGAACAAUACUAGUCACCUGGUGGUUGAUUCAUCUCAGUAUCAUCAGCAUGGAAUCGCACGAAACAACGUGAGAAAUUUAAUGCCUUCUGGAUCGUUAAAUCUGUCAUCUGGAGCAGCUUCAUGCACAAGUGCAGUUCCGUUGUCAUAUGGUUUAGGAACGAUGGAUAUGUCCUUAUUUAAUUCAAAUGAAUCCAAUUAUUGCAUUCGAUCGUCACAAAGGCAAGCCGUUAAAAUCAGACCGACUAAUAUUGGAAGACCUGACUUUUGAUUUACGUUCAUUUUAUUGGUUAAUAGUGUACAGUAUAUUUGAAUAAAGUGUAACUUUAGCUAUAUUUAUCCACAAUGGCUUAUAUUCACCAACUUAUAAACACUAUAUUAUAUCAAGGAAACCGUUGAACAUUGAACAAAAGUCAAAUGUGAAGAGAAUGGUACCCUGCAAGUCUUGUUCAACCAAUUUGAAUACAUAAUAACAUCGUUUACAUUAUAUUAUAAAGUCAUUUCAUAAAUGGUGAUUCCUUCAUUUGUUUUCCGUCAGCUAACUGUUUAUUAGUUUAAACACAGAGACUGCCCUUACACAAACACACAGUAUGCUCAUCUUUGUAUAUAAAAAAUAAUUUGUGAGUGAUAUUCUAGUAAUCUUUUAACUUGAACAGUUUUCUUUUAUUCUUUUCUUUUUUUUGGUGAAAGUUGAAAAGCUUUUCAGCCUAUAUACUCCACAUUCAUUUACAUUACUAUAAUUUAAUCUGUUAAAUUUUUGAGUAAACUUUAUCAUAAGUUUACCUAUUGGUUGUAGAGAAAAGAUGAUUCAAAUUAUUUAAAAAAGAAGGCGGUUAAAUAAAUUGAACUUGAUAUUAGUUAACUACAGUAAAAUGAAUCAACAACCACUAACUAACCUUCAUCAAUGUAGCCUAGAAAACUCCUUCCCGAUUUAUUAUUAUUUUAAUUCCAUUCUAUCCGCAAUUUAUAAAACUUGUUUAAUACUUUAAAAUUUCCAUUUUGGAAUUAUAAACCUAUUCAGUUCUAAAGAAUAAUAUAAAUACUCAACCU